UUUCACUACCUUUCAAGCCAAGUCAAGAUGGAUUCCAAGAGAUCGGAUUUGGUACGUGCGCCUGCUUUUCAAUCGUGCAGCGGAUGCUACAUGAAUCAAAAUGGCGGAAAAGGGUGCAAAUCUGGUUAGAAGGAGACCUCCUCAAAAAGAGCAAAAACGUCGAAAUGACAUAUACGUAAACAGGAAAACCGACUUUGCUGGACAACUAGAGCGAUGUCAAAAGAUCCUUGAUUCAAGUGAGCAAGAGGUGACUAUUCAUGGCUUGGGUUCUGCUAUCAAUCGUGCAAUAAAUCUAGCUCUGCAGCUUGAACAAAGAGGACAAGGAACUGUUGAGUUAUCAACAACAACUUCCAGUGUCAAACUAGUGGAUGACUUUGAGCCUGAAGAUGACGACCAGGAAGGAUAUUCUAAAGUACGAACCAACUCAGCAGUGCACAUAAGAGUUUACAAGAAACCUAUUUCCAAGGUUGAUUCAGAAAGAACUUGUCCAACUUGAAUCCCUACUUUUGGUAACCAAGAGGUCACUCUUUUUCACCAAUGGGUCCUUUUCCCACCAAAAUACUGUUGAGAAAAAGCCUGACAGAUUGAAAGUUUUAUUUAUUGUUCAACACCUUUGAACAAGUGUUCAGAAAGAUUGAGUACUAGUUCCUGAUCUGUGCCAUUUCAAAGAUGCAUUCAAAGCAAACAGUAGAUAUGAUAGUAUGGUUCAUGUCUGUAAACCAAAAAAAUUGUCAUUGAUAGCUAAUGGGAAUGGCAGCACCUAUUUGCAAUUGUUAAAUCCUGUGGCUCCAAUAUUUUUUGCCCUCUGGAGGUUGAUAUGAGAGACAACUACAGGUUCAAAGACAAAGUAGUCCAAGGCUUAUUGACGUGUUAUCUCCAACAUCUGAAUGGUGUGUAAAUCAGACAGAUUGGAUCCACCAAUGUUCCCAUCAUUUGCAUUAAAUCCCUCCAGUGGUAUUUGGAUACCUUUUAGUCCCCAUUUUUUCAACAAAUCUUCAAUGGAAUGACUGGAACUGCAACAAAUUAAAGUAUGAAUUUUUAAAAUGAAAAGGUGACAUUAAUCUGAUGUCCAAAGUUGUGAAAAAUGGUAUUUAAUUAAGACAUCUUUUAGCAGAGACACAUUGAAGUAGUUUCCUGAUUGGCUUUUUUUGGUGGAAAGACAAUAACAUUCCAGAAAUAUUUCUUAGUUCAUGGUAUUCUGAGUUUCACAGUAAUUUUAACCCUUUUAACUCUCAAGAGUGACCAAGACAGAAUUUCUCUUUACAAUAUCACUACUAUAUCAAGCAGACAAAUGAUGAGAAUAAAAAAAUAUAUUAAAUAGGGAAUUAUUAGUUGAUCCAAUACCAAAUUCUCAAAACUAACACCACAAGAACUAUAUGGCAGACAGUAAGGAGAAUUACUAAUGGGAUCUUGGAAGUUAAAGGGUCAAGAAGACAAGUGAUGAGAAUAAAUAGAAAUAUCAGUUGGCCAAUUGUUAGUUGAUUUAAUACUGCAUUCUCUGAACUAACAUUCAUGAGAACUGUAUGGCAGACAGUAAGGAGAAUUACUUAUGAGAUCAGGGAGUGAAAGGGUUAAAUAAUGUUGUAAAUAGCAUAUUGUAUGAAAGAAUUCACCUUCUCUCUUGAUAUGUUGACCAAAACUUGGCCUGAUAAUUUUUCACCAUUAGAAAGGAGACAGUUGCCAAAAUGUCAUCAAAAUCUGUAUCACAAAAUUACAGAAAACAAAGAUUACAUAACUGUAGUCAGAGAGCAACUCAGAGUUUUGAUUCAGUGGUGGGGAAAGUAAUGGUGCCAAGUUACCUUUUGUGUCAUAGAAACAGUCUGAACCAAGAAUUAUAUCAGCCUUGGGAAGUUUUAAAAGGUUUGGUGUAAACUGUCCCCAGGUAAUGCCAACAACUUGUAUUGCCGUCUGACCAUUAGCAUGGCAGCUCUGUCUACAGUUUUCUAAGCAUUGAGGAUACUCUUCCUUGUCUGUCAGAGUAACAUUUGCACCACACAAUGAGGCAACCAAACCAGGUAAGGCUGUUCCUGCACCAAUCUGUUGAUCAAGUAAAGAAAAGGUAAUCACUAACAGUGGAUGCAGACUUGUCCAGCUUACAAAACAGUCAUUUUUCAGAAGAGUAUGAUUUUCUCAUAAAGGACAUGCCUACAGGGCAAGUAGCAUGUAGCUCUGCUUGCCUUAAAUACGCUCCACAGAAAUCGCGCAUGUCCUACAU